CUCUCACCAUGGACCGGCUUCCGAAUGAGAUCUUGAUCAAAAUCUUGAGCUACCUACAAUCCAAGGUUUCACCAUGUAUCCGGGUGAACAGUCGGUGGUUCCAUUGUGGUAUUUGUCUCAUAUGGCGAGAAGCAUUCUGGUUCCACCUCUCCUACAUACCAAAGGCUCGGCGAGGCCUCUAUUCUGCUGCCAUUGGGAGGCUCUACCUUUCAGAGACAUCUAAGGAACAGCUAGAGGAGUUUAGCCAUCUAACAUUUCCCCGACUAAAGCAUCUGAGUAUUGAUGCCGAGCCAUCCGCCAAGACAGGCAUCUCUGUACUCAAAAGGUACAUGCAUUCGGGGCUUCAAACAAUUGAGUUCGGAGGAGACUUCGACCCGGAGCUAUUGGAUCAUCUCCAGGAGCAUUGUCAUCAGCUGCAGAAAAUCGCGAUCAGCUUCCCGGCACUUCGUCUUGGGGCAGACAAGUUUCUCAAUUUUCUCCGCAAUACCCCAUCCAUUACCGAAGUCUCUCUUGACGGAAGCAUUGCAGAAUCUCUAGUUAACCGUGACUUUCUUGAUCACUUGGCCGAUCGAGAUAAUCUGGCAGGAAUUUCCUUCGGUUUUACCAUCAAGACACGCCUGGUGGAAGGCAUCAACUCUCCAGAGCCUUUCCGAUCGCUUCGAAGGUUGACCAUUACAGUUGUUGAGGAUGCACUCCCAUCCUUGGUCUCCAAGCUGGCAUCCAUCCACGAUCUCCAUUUGGACCUAAAGGCAAAGGCUAGAGCUCGGGUUCCCAGUAUCGACACCAAGCUUCUUAACCACCUCUCAAAGUUAACCCAAUUGCGCCGCCUACACGUCCAUGUUGGGGGCGCUAUGGCUUUCGAGAAAGAGGACCUUUCAUUCCUGAAGAGCCUAAAGCACUUGACCGAGCUAUGGCUUAGAGGUUCAGAUUCAACAUCUCUCACCGCAGCAGGAUAUAGAGAUGUUGAUCUGGAGAGCUUGCUGGAAAAUCUACCCAACCUUCGAGUCUUAGGACUAGAGAUGUACAAGCUCUCCUUGACUUCGACAACUUUAGCCGCCCUGGGUCAAUCUUGCCCGUCACUCGAGCGCUGCCAUCUUAUGGGUUCAUUCAAUAUGUUGCAGCUCGGAUCUUACCAGGCUCCACUAUUUCUGAAGCUCCAAUCUCUUUGUAUCAGUAAUUUCACCAGUUUGAUGAUCGAUCCCACCGGUAAGAAAGCACCAAAACCGGAGAAACUUAGGACACCCGAAGACCAUGUGGUGCAGAUAGAAUCACAUUGUCCGAAAUUAAAAGACCUCACAGUUAUCUACACAAAUGAUGGGUUGAACGAGCAGCAGUUCUCGGAUAGUGUUCGUGAUAUUUGGGAGGGCAGACAGCUCAGUAAGAAAGAAAGUAUCUUGACGAGCUAUCGCUAGGAAAAUGUUGUGUUCGCAGAAUUUACAUUAUUAAUGGCCAGG